CGGCUCUUUUCAGAGCCACCCAUGUUUUCACGAGGAGUAGCUGUGUCGCCUAUCUCACCUGGCGUGGGUGUACUGUUGUGCACUGGUGCUCUGGGUAGAGGGAUGAGGGGAAACUCGCACAUGGUGGGUAGGAAGAUCACAAUGUCUGAACUUUGGUCGGCUGACAGGCACUAGAGGGAACAGCUGAAGCUGGGCUUAGAUCGCUUUUGCCUAAGCUUUUACAUAUGUUGAGUUACAGUCUACAGCGUCAGCCUUACUAGUUUGAGGAAAAACUUGCAAGGGGGUGGACUCUGCUCUACUAGUCGUUUGUAACGUUAACACGCUACUCGUACAAAGCGUUAGCACGAAUCUGGAUAUAGAAACGAAGCGGGAAGGAGGUCGUGUGGGUUUGUGGUAACUGCCGGGUUGGGGAUUUGGGUUUUCAACUAGAUUUUACGGUUAAGACUAAGCUGGACGUAAGUCCUGGUUUGCAAAUGGAAGCCUUUUUCCUGGUUUAUGUGUCUUAAGAGUUGUAUGGAUCUAAUAUCUAAUACCCUAUUGCAUAAGACAGGCAGCGCAAACACGAAUAGGAAUUUGAGGGAAAUUCCUGAUGGGUUGGGUUUUUUUGUUUUUUUUGUUUUUUUUUGAGAUGUUUGUUACUGCUCCGAAACCCAAAGGCAAAACAAACUUCCACAAAGUGUAUGAAGUAAACUGAUGCAAAAAUAGAAAUGGGCACUUCGGAUCUUUUCCGUAAUGCAAGUACAACUGACAAGUAAUAACCAUCCCCAAACACCCCAAACAGGUGAACUAUACUUUUACGUAACUUAUUGGUUGGUCUGAAACGGAACAUUUCAAUUGGCUAAGAAGACGUUUGCUCUGAUAGCCAUUAAGGAAGCGCUAGCAGAAGCUAUUAUUUGCAUAGACUCCACCCCUGUAUGACGACCUUGUUGGAAAUUAACCAAUAAAAAUGCAGUCCUAUGCGAGCCUUCAUUUGCAUACGGGCUCUAUAAGUAGCGCAUAACGAAGCCGCUUGAAUGUAGUCCGGAUCGUUUCGGCUGUGUGGCGUUUCUUCUAGCAAAAAUGCCUGAUCCAGCGAAGUCCGCUCCCGCUCCCAAGAAGGGCUCUAAAAAAGCUGUUACGAAAGUGCAGAAGAAGGACGGCAAGAAGCGCAAGCGUAGCCGUAAGGAGAGCUAUUCCGUGUAUGUGUAUAAGGUGUUGAAACAGGUUCACCCGGACACCGGCAUUUCGUCCAAGGCCAUGGGCAUCAUGAACUCGUUCGUCAACGACAUCUUCGAGCGCAUCGCCGGUGAAGCCUCUCGCCUGGCGCAUUACAACAAGCGCUCGACCAUCACGUCCCGGGAGAUCCAGACGGCCGUGCGUCUGCUGCUGCCCGGCGAGCUGGCCAAGCACGCCGUGUCCGAGGGCACCAAGGCUGUCACCAAAUACACCAGCUCGAAAGACAGAGCGUGAGCAGAGGAGGCACAGAGAGACAGAGAGGG